AUGGUUGGGUGUAUUUAUUUUAUAGCACUUCGUAUUGCCGAUAACUAUAAAGUAAAUGCACCAUAUACUUUUAGUCUUAAAGAGAUUGGACUUGAUUUUAUGAAAAUGUCAAUAUUUGGUAAAGAUGAAUCUUCAUGCGAAUUAACCGAACUAAUCUCGGAGCGUAAUAUAAUAGGGGAAGACAGAAUACUUGAAUUACCAGAAAAAUUCAUAUUUAAUAACGCAGAAAUUGCACUAACUUCAAUAAAAAAAUCAGCUUUAAACAAAACAGCAUUUAUCGAAAUUAAAUUUCCAUCUACAAUCACAGAGCUGCAAUGCUUUCUCGGUUCAAACUCAUUCAUUCGCGUUUCAAAUAUAUCACAUAUUAAAAUUAAGACUUUAAUCACAGGUGUGUAUUCAGAUUCUUACAAGAUGGAAAAAAUCUAUCUUCCACAAACACUUAUUUCAAUACCGCCAUAUGCAUUUUAUAAAUGCAAAUUAUUAAAGAAAGUAAACUUUCCAAAUGGCGUUGAUAUGAAUAACGCAGAUCACGCAUUUGAAUAUUGUACAUCGUUAAAUACAAUUAACCUUAAUGAAGUUAAUAUCACAAAAUUUUCAACUAAUUUGUUCUAUUAUUGCACUUCUUUACAUAGUAUUGAAGUUAAUUUCAGCAAUAUUAUGCUGUAUUGUUCAUGCUGCUUAACGAAAACGCAAAUUUCAAAUUUAAAGAUUACAAAUGGCGCAAAACUAGAGAAAAAAGCAUUUUACCAAAUGCAAACAUCUACUCCAAUAGCAGAAAUUAACUCAGAGACUCUUCCUGAAAGUUGCUUUCAAGAUUCUUUAAGAUUAUCUUCAAUUGUUUUAUUAGAAGGCGUAACUUCGAUAGGAAGUAGAUGUUUCAGCAGAACGUCACUUGAAUAUAUCACUAUUCCAUCGACUUUGUCAUAUAUUGGUGAUGAAGCCUUUAAUUUUUUAACAAGAUUGAAAAAUUUUAAUGCUUCUCAUGCCAGAAUCGUCGAUGUUGGAUCGAAAGCAUUCUAUAGAUCAGGAGUACGCUUUGUGAAUCUCUCUAGUUCCCUUAGAGUUAUUGGAACAAGCUGUUUUUCAAGUAGUCAAAUCGAAGAAUUUUAUUUUGGCCCGAAUUUGACUCUUAUUCUUGAUUAUGCUUUUUCUGAAUGUAGAAAUUUGAAAUUUGCUGAUCUUUCCAGGGUAAAAACAGGAGGAAUGGGUUCGAAAUUAUUUUAUAGCUGCAAAUCAUUAGCAAAUAUAACAUUCCCUAAUCUGAAUAUUGACUUCGGAUCGAGUUCUUUAGAAGAUUGUACUGCUCUUGAAAGUUUGUAUUUUUUCAAAAACGUGACAUUUUAUUAUCAAUGUUGCAAAGGAUGUACAAGCCUUAGAGAUGUUCAAUAUGAGUUUUGCAAGGGACUAAGAAACGAGGUUUUCUAUGGAUGCAUAAAUUUAGAAAGAUUUGGACAUCAUCUUCAGCCAGGACAAAAAAGAAAGUUUGAACUUGAUUUGACAAACUUUUCCACGUAUGAAUUUGGAACUAAUUCUUUUUACAAGCUUCAAUAUCCAAAAACAAUUAUAUUAGGACAAUAUAUUACUAUUAUUAGUAUGAAAUGCUUUUCAGAUAUGGAUAAUUUGGAAAUGAUUGAUAUGAGAACUUCCAAUAUUAUCAUUAUAACAGAAAGUGCUUUUUAUGCAUGCCCAAAUCUUAGAAGAAUUUAUUUAAGUCCUGUAGCAAAAAUUAUAAGAGCACAAAGCUUCUAUGGAGCAUAUGAUCUCCAUUUCUUUUAUUGCGGAAAUAAUAAUAUUUCUGUCUCUCAUGAAGCAUUUUCUCCAGGGACUUCUAUAACGUUUUAUUCGCUGAAUGAAUCAGUAUUUUUCAAAGGAAUGCGUCCGAAUAGAACAAAUAUCUGUUUUGCUGCUGAAAUAGGAAUACCAACUCCACAACCUUCAGCAAUACCUCUUCCAGAAGGUUUUACAAUAAAGAUGUAUCCAAAAUUCGUUCCUAGAACACCAGAAUAUAUUUAUCCUGCUCAGACACCGAAUAUGAAUUUUAGAGAGAAGAAAAUAUUUUAUCCAGAGCAAAUUUUCAGAAGAGAAAAAGUUAGAUAUGCUACAAAGAUAUCUUUAGCAUUUAUUGCUGCGUUUUUCAUAAUAAUUAUAGGUUUAUAUGGAUUUUUCUUGUACAAAAUCAUUCAUAAUAAUGAUUUCUAUACAGCUGAUGAUAACAAAGGCGAGGAAAACUUUCAAGCCUUUCUAUAA